UGGGACUUGUCUGGCUACGUCACCGUGUCGGCAGAGGAGGCGUUGGAGGAGAGUUUCACCCGCUUGUCAUUCCCAGAGGAAAAAGAGGGUGUGAACGACAUUUACCUGUCCAGUGUUACCUGCUGGUGCUCUUGUUAUACAUGUCGGUCGUCGAGUUUCUUCUGCCGUAGGUCGUUAAACACUGGCUUCACUCAAGAGUAAGACGGAGAAGGCGUUAAAGGAUGCAAAGAGGAUCCUGACUCGUGGCCCCAACAUGAGUGUGACAUCAUGGUUCCUGGUCAGCAGCUCUGGCACACGCCACCGGUUGCCACGGGAGAUGAUCUUUGUGGGCCGGGAUGACUGCGAGCUAAUGCUGCAGUCUCGCAGUGUGGACAAACAGCACGCUGUGAUCAACUACGACUCUCACAGAGACGAGCACAUGGUGAAGGACCUGGGCAGCUUGAACGGGACAUUCGUGAACGACUUGAGAAUCCCUGACCAGACGUACAUCACCCUCAAGCUCUCUGACGUCAUCCGCUUUGGCUAUGAUGCUCAUGUUUAUAUCCUGGAGAGAAGUCAACACAAGGUACCGGAGGAAGCUCUUAAACAUGAGAAGUACACCAGCCAGUUACAGCUUGGUAUAAAAGCCCUGGAGGCCAAGGCCAAGGAAAAACAGCAAAGCCCAGAGAAGAGCAAAGGCUCCGCAUCCAACGCAAAACAGCAGGACCGAGCUGAGCGGAAAGCUCAGUCUCUUACAGGUGUUGCAGAUUCUCCGAUAUCUAGGCCUACUCCUCUCUACGGCCAGCCUUCUUGGUGGGGGGAGGAUGAGGAUCCAGCCAACAAAGGGCAGAACAGGGGCGGGAAAUCACCUGAACACGGGUCUCCAGAGCAUGCUAAAGACUUGCCCCGAUAUGAGGUCAACGGUUCUCUGUCUGACAGUCAAGCCAAGUCCAUCCUCUCCUACCGCCGAGAGCCCAGCUACUUUGAGAUCCCAACGAAAGAAUUACAACCGCGAUCAAACAAGAAACCAGAAACACAGAUACACGAGGCUCCCACAAAGGACACUUCAGACCCCACUAACUGUGUCCUCUCCACCCCCACGCCCCCAGUGGUCCAGAGCCACGCCUCUUUCACCAUCGAAUUCGACGACUGCACACCAGGUAAAAUGAAGAUCAAGGACCACGUGACCAAGUUUUCCUUUCGCCCUCCAACCAAUCCACCAUCCUCUGAGAUCGUCAAAACACCCACUGAGGUGAUGUCAGCAGAAAGCAAAGUGGCUGAUUGGUUGGUUCAAAGUAAUGCCAGCAUGAUGAGGAGGAAGUCACAAGCUGAGGAUAUGUAUAGCUCAAACAGUGACCCAUUACUUCACAGCACUAAGGCAAACCGUGAAGAUGGCCCUCAGAGUGAUUCUGGGGAUCCUGCAGUCAAUGGAAAUUACUUGCUCCAAUCAGAACUUCAGACUGGUUUGGAGGCGUCUCCUCAACCCCUGAGGGCCUCCCCUCAACCCCUGAGGGUCUCCCCUCAACCCCUGAGGAUCUCCCCUCAACACUAUGCGAGCUCCGACUCGAAGGAUCCCUCAUCCUACUCCCCGCCAGAGUCUCAGUCCCUUCCCGGUCUAGGCAAGGCGGAACCUCAUCAAGCCUUUGUCAUUGAAUUCAAUGAUGAUAACAACACAAGAAAGAAGCGAUCCGCGUCCUUCACCAAUAACACAUCCUCACCUGAGCCAUCAGCUCUCAGGGUCCAGCUGGAGAAGGCAAGGAAGAACUCAAGUCCCACAGGGGAGAGACGAGGCCAAGCUCGAGUCCCUAACACUCCCCCAACCCAAAGAUACACUAUCCCUCUGAAGGGCCCUGGUUCUACGGGGCCCCAAAGAGCCGGCUCUCUUCGCAGGGAGAAGACAGAGGACCGGAUCAGCACUGGCUACUCCUCACGCUCUUCAUCAUCUGUGCCUGUUAGGCCCUUUAGCAGCGCAGGCCGUAGAUCCAAAAUAUCCCAGGACUUUACUGCUGAACUGUUAAAACAGACAAAGGCGUCUGCUUCUGCCACAUGGGAGAAAAAUGUGUCUAGUCACUCAGCAGCACAUAAAAAAGAGAUGACUAAACCUGAGAAAAUGCUAUCCCAGUCUAGUCCCCCUGCAUCCUACCAGCCUCAGACCUCUUCUCCAAUCCGCAAGCCUGUUCCCCUCAUGCCCCCUUUGAUGCCGCCAGCAUCCCAGAUUUUAGAGGUCAAAAGCCCCCUCAACAGCCCCAGAAUCGAGGAUGAUGACUGUUUAAGUGAUGCUGGAACCUACACCAUCGAAGAAGAUGUUCAAGAUAGAGAGAUAGAGGAGGCUCGGAAAAAGAUUGCCCAGGUAUUUGGUGUUUUUGAGAGCCCAGAGCGAGCCAACAAGAGCAAAGCAGAAACAUCAUCAGCAUUUAGGCCUGCAAUUGCUCAAAGCAGGACUCAGCUUAGGCAGAGUAGCUGUGGGGAGGGUCAGCCAGCAGGUGGAGCGUUACAAGGGGCUCCUAAGUGGAUGUCUUGCUGGGCCAGCCUGGCAGACAGCUACACAGACUCCGGCCCCCCGUCUGGCCUCUUUGACAUUCCUACCCAGAUGGAGCUGUCAGGAGGGGCACGCGGCUCCAUCGUCCACAAGGCCACGUUCACCCGACAUCACAACGACAGUGCUGACUCUGACAGAGCACGGCACAUCCUGCCCCAGGCACCACAGGGGGAUCAGACUGACAUGCCAACUCCCAGCAUUCAUGUUCAUUAUGACCCACAUUCAACUUUUGAUCUAGAUGAGAAUAGCAUGGUGGUCCCCAGGUCUCAGGAUGAACUCCACAGGUUAUCAGUGCAGGAUGACGUAGAGCCAGACAGCUUGAGUGAUGCCAGCAGGUCCGAUGAUGGAUCUAUCGUAGAGCAACGGAGGAGGCCGCUGUCAGACACAGAAAAAAAGACAACCAAGGACAAACCUAAACUCCCAACCAAGUCUACGUCCUUCUACAUUGGUUCAGAGGAGGUUGUGUCAAAACCUGAACCUUUAGUCACGAAAUCCGGCACUCCUAAAGCAGACAAGAAAGUAAAUAAAACUUUCUCAACAGCCACUAUGACCAAAACAAAAAUUAACCAGGACUCUGGAAAAGUCAAAUCUACUAUCUCAGCCCCGAUCCUUGACCAAGAGAGACAGAGUCCAGAGUCCAAAGAGCGCACUGUGUCUCCUUUAAUCAGACAAGAGAGCUUCACUAAGGAGCGGCCAAGUAAUGCCAGACUUCCCAACAUCUCCAGCCAGCCUGUUCAGAGAGACCCAGACUUUGAAUCAUUCCAGGUAGAGUACAAUCAGGACACUCACUCUUUCCUCAAAGAGACGGAGGAUGUUCUGGCUGUUCUGGAGGCUAAACUACAGUCGGGUCAAUCUGAAAAAACGCCUUCUCCAAUAACUGACUCUCUUUCUGGGGAGUCUGAUGUGGAUACCUCCAGCACAAUCAGCCAGCAUAGCAAUAAGACUAGGCCAAGCACACUCACUAAAAAACCUUCCAUGAGUGGCCUCCAUAGAGAAACCUCCUCAGCAAGUUUGGCCAGUCAGGACUCAAGUCAGCAGUCCACUCCAUACAACAAGCGUCGUGCUCAGGGAUCAGAGAACAGUAAGACUGAAUCUGUUAGGAGACCACUUGGAUUGAGACGUAGUGCUGGUAAGCUUGGCUCCACAGAUCUAAGUGAUGAUCCUCCGAGCUUACCUCACUCUGAUCAGGAGUCUUACAACCACCAAACUCGCAAAAAAUACACGAUCCCUCUUCAGAAGGAGGAUGGAAAGAACUCCAGAGCGUCCCAGGCUCUGACUCGUGCAAACAGUUUGUCCGCUCCAAGACCCACCAGGGCAUCCAUGCUCCGCCGAGCUCGCCUGGGAGACGUUUCGGACAACGAAACCACAGAGACGGACAGGCUGUACCAGGAGACUGUUAACGCCCAAGCUAAGCAACCACAGGAAACCAAGAAACUCUCCAGGCUGGAUUUGCUAGCGAUGCCCCGAAGGCGGACAAGCUCGUUCAACACGCCAAGUGACACAGAGGGUUCUUCCAAGACCUCUACUCCGGGGACAAAGCCCAUUGAGAGGCCGCAGAAAGCAGCGCUCAACAAGACACCGGUCACUCGUGCACGUUCAAGUAGUGCCAAAUACACCAGCAGCACCGCAAGCUCCAGGAGAAGACAGAAAGGCUCUGACUAUGCCUCUACCUCAGAUGAGGAGUACGACUCAAACCAGAGCACUCCUAAACACAAACGCUCCCAACCUUCCUCAGCUUCCAACAGCACACGAAAUCAGCCUCGCCCGCGGCCUCAGCCGGUGGUCGCCCUGCGUCCCAAAUCCCGAAACAGAGAUUCUGAAGAGGAGAACCAGGAGGGAGAGACGUUCCACAACUGGUCCAACCACAGCGCUGAGAUUGCACGGUUGAGUCAGGACCUGGCUAAAGAUCUUGCCAUCUUAGCCAGAGAGAUCCACGAUGUGGCAGGUGACGGUGAUGAACAAAGUCCCGUGGUGGAGAGCAGCACACCAAGCUCCAAAGUGACUGCUCAUGAACAGCUGGUUCACCGUAUUCCAGAAGCUGGAUUAAACUACAGCAGAAUCCCACCUGGCACUUCCUCUUCAAGAGAGCCCGAUCAGAGCUUGUGUGACCAUGAACAGAACUCCAAGGAGCAAAGAGACGAGAUCGUCAUUGACAAUCUGAUGCUGAAUCCAGUGUCUCAGAUCAUCCUAGCCAUCAAAGAAAACACUGAGGAACUUGCUGACAAAAUAAAGGUACUGUUCCAGGACAGGAUGGAUAUCUGGCAAGAUAUCGAGGCCAAAGUGAAUUCUGACAGUGAAGUUCCUGUUGUUAAAACCUCAAACACGGAAAUCACAUCUAUCUUGAAAGAACUGAGGAGGGUGCAACGGCAGCUUGAGGUCAUAAACUCAGUCAUGGAGCCUGGUGAGCAGGCUGAGGCAUCCCAAACUUCAGCCUCUGCCAUCGCCUCCUCUUCUGGAGCUCCACCCUUCAGAGCCCGCUCCUCACGAGAAACGAGGACGGUCUACUCUUCCACCAAACGAGGCGGCGGCGGCCCGAGGCCCGGCGACAGUGUGAGGAGAGCAUUUGUGACACCCGACGAUCUCAGACAGGGAUAUUUGGUGUGAUCACAGGUUCCUCGUGUGCUGAACUUCAGCUGUAAACCCACAAAAACAGGUGUUGCUUUAUUGAUGCACAACGAAACCAAGAGGAGGGAAGUGAUACACAGAACUGUAGCCUCCCCUGCAUCCAAACAUAUACACACUACUGCACUAUAAGCACUACACUCCUACGCACUGGUGUAAGUCACAGUGGUUUCUGCACUACAUGUACGAACAGUAAGCUCAGUGAGAGGCCUCUGCAUGUCAGGUGGUGAUUUAAGGAAGUACCUGGAUGAAUCUACCUUACGCUUCAUGCAGGCCUCAAAACCUCAAAACUUGACUUGAUUCUCUAUGUUGUUAGUCUACCACUUUAUUUGCCAAUGACCUACAUAGCAGAUUUUAAAAAUCUCAUUUAAUUACUUGGAUUAUUUGAAAACCAGCCUGAGCAAAAGCAUCUCAGGGAAAUCUACUUAUACCUAAUAUUUCUAUGCUAAGUGACAAAUCAAAUUAGUUAAUUCAUGCAUGUUUUGGGAAAAAACUGCAGAUCUUAGUGCUCCGUGUACCCUCAGUUGACCCUCAUACAUUUGUUUUUAUGAGUUAGUCUUUGUCCCCUACCUUUCUCUCAGUGGACCAGAUUUAUCCAAGAAUGUAAAAAGUAUUUAUUAGGGGUCUUUCGUGAGACAUUGUAACAAUGACACCUGACUUUGGGAGAGUUGAUAGACUAGUGCCAGAUUUAUUCACUUUAAAGUACACAGUUGCUACCAGCCAAGUUGUUGUGUAUUUCUUUUUCCAAAAAAUGUCCAUUGUAAGUGAUUUUAGAUUUUGUCUAAAGCAAGAUCCCUCAGGAAUGUGUGACCUGAACUGAAGGAGGGACUCCAGAUAGGUGCAACCACAAACUCAAGCAGUUUUCAGCAUUCCUCUCUACCUUUGAAAAGAAGUCUGAUGUUAUUUGUGUCAAACACAUUUGGGGGCUUGAAACUUGUUUUCAUUAUGUUGUUUUCCAUGUCAGAAGAUUACACUUGGUGCUGAGGUUUGACCAAAGACCAUCUCAAAAGAACUGACCGUCAUCCUUGUUUGAACUGACUGAGAUAUAAAGCAUGGUGGUAAAGUUUAAAGUAUCCUCAGCACAUUAAACCACAGGGUCACUUCUAAUAGGUCCUCACAGGACAAGAGAAUGAGUAUCAUUUUAACAUGUAUGUUCACACAGUGGAGUGAAUCUAUUGAUCUGUUUGUUAGUAUUUGUCUGUUUUUCUGUAUGUAUUUGUCUAAACGUGUCUGUUCCCUACAAAUUACCUCUCAAUCUUGUCUUUUGCACUAAUGUAGUCCAACAUUUUCCUGACUUGAUAUGCUGCAAACUGAAGCCUUCCCUCUCCUCUGAUUGUUAUUUAAUGCUGUCAAAGCAGAAAAGAAGACUGCCCAGUUCAUCAGCAACUUUCUCUUUCCUUCUUCCCCGUCCAGUCUGGACAUGUGAUUGUUAUUGGGAAGUACCUACAAGUGCCACUGAGCACUGUGGGAUGACGUGCUCGUUUACAAACUCAUGCAAAAAUUGAAUGUUUCUCUGUUGGCUCAAAAUGUUGCUGCUAUUCUUUUUCUAUGAGAUAGUAUUCCCUCAUUUCUUUAUUACUCCACCUAAGUCAAAGCUGCAGCAGGUGUGAGAGCUGAAAUUUGAUUCUUUUGAUGUCAAAAAUGUGUUCCCAUUUUUGAUAUUCAAUCUCCUCUCCUUUCACCCUGAAUGAUUUGGAUGUAAUCAUACUGUCUUGGUAGCUGGUAUUUAUGUUUUGUUAUUUGUGUCAUUUGUUAGCUGAUGAUUAAAACUUUUUCAAAUAAAUGUAUCAAGCAAA